AUUGAUAUUUCGUCAACUGAUAGUCAUUUCACCCAACAGCCGGCAGUCGAUCCACUGAUCUCGCCGAUGGUAGAAUACACGCCUAAGCUGAGGAUCGCGCGAGGAUCCUACAUGUACGUCCCGUGUACUCGAGUACUUCGCAGUGUUUGUUUCAAUUUAUCUUGAAGUAGCGAUGCUUUUAUUUAGUGUGACAAUUUUGACACUGUAAAUUCUCCCGCAGUGCGGCAGCGAAGUUCGAUUGAUGCGAAACGUUCCGGAUAAAAAAAUCGAGACACGAUCGAGUUCUUUCUUCGCGUCAAAGUGAAAUAUUAACUGAUUUAAAUUUCCGUAGCAUGUAACUAAACACGCGAGCAUGACGUAAUGUGAGCGAAGGAAAUAAAAAAAAAAAAGCGGACGUAACAAAUUCGUUCCAGAUAAAUGCAAUUCACACGUCAUGAAUAAUAAUUUCAUAUAGUAAAAAGAUAAGAAUGUUGUGUUGCAUUUGUGUUGGAUCAUGAUGACUGGAGGGGAUACUUAACACGGAAAAAUAGAGAUUUGUGUAAAGCUUGUGUGUAAACACGAAAGGACACCUGUUUUAUGGGCGAGCGCAAUAAAACAGCGCAAGUCGAUGAGAAUAUCCAGAAAGAUGAAAAAAAGAUUAUUGUGGUGCGGCUUUGCUUUCGCCGUUGUGCUCCUCAUUCUAAUGAUUUCAACCGAGAGCAACAUCAUUCAAAGGAUACCAUUCCUCGAUGUGACAACGGUUAAUAAUAUUAAAUGCUACGAUGAAGUCUCGACUACAAAAGGCAUCGAUAAUUUCGAUCCAGAAUCAAGUAUCGGCAAAUUAAUGUUAGGCAAGAACAUCUUUUUUCACGAAACUUCUUGUUUCGGCGAGGAGGGCAUCGUAUUAAACGCUAGGCAAGCGUGUGCCGUAGAAUCGGCGGCGCGGAUGAAUCCGUCAAUGACCGUGUACUUGUUACUUGUCAGCAAGUCAAAGUUCUCGAACAGGACGCGUGAGAUAGUCAGGCAUCUUCUCAACUAUUCCAACGUCAGGAUUCGUCACAUCGAUCCGCAAACAUAUGUAAAAAACACACCUUUGGAAGUGUGGUACACCAGCGGUGCUUUAAAGAAGAGUCACUGGCCGGUUAGUCAUAUGUCCGAUAUGCUGCGCUAUCUGACUCUAUGGAAGUACGGUGGUAUCUAUCUGGAUUUGGACGUAGUGGUCACCAGUUCGCUGGAGAAUCUGACAAAUUUUGCCGGAGCCGAGGACUGGGACGAUGUCGCCGCCGGCGUCAUGGGUUUCGACAUGUCAAAGUUGGGUCGACGCGUAGCUGAUGCUUGCGUGCGCGAUCUUAAGAAGAACUUUCGUGGCGAUGUUUGGGGUAACAAUGGACCUGGAGUCAUCACGAGGACGUUGCAGAAACUCUGCGCGACGAUGUAUGCGCGCGAUAUGACACCCGACCGAUGCCAUGGUUUCACGGUAUAUCCGCCGUCAGUUUUUUAUCCGAUUCAUUAUAAAAAAUGGAAGAAAUAUUUCGAGACGAAAGACAGCAAUGCGACUUUGAAGACGUUGAGCAAGGCGAAGGCGAUUCACGUGUGGAAUAAAUUGAGUAAAGCCGAAAAAGUGCGAGUAAACAGCAACGUACCGUACGCCAUUAUUGCGCAGAAUUAUUGUCCUUAUAUUUUCAACAAUUGUGGUAAAAUAUUUUAAAGCCAAGUAUAGAAUAAAAAUUGUAACGCUUAUUGACCGAUGAAGCACGGGAAAUACAUUCCACAUGCGACAUUUGCAAGAUAGAUUAUUUGAUAGAAUCGAAAAAAAAA